GAAUUUUCGUCGGGUAGAACAGCUGGGUGUGAAACUGAGUACAAGGGAUGAACGGUUGCUGGGAUUGCCAGUGGACGAAGCGAAGCUGCAAGCCGAGAAGGCUGGAAAAGGGAGCGCAGCUGCUGCAAACGGAAAUGGAAGUGGGAAUGGCGGACCAACUAGUACAGUAGCUAGUUGUAGUACAGAAGUAGGAAGAUCUUCCAAGAAGAAGGAACCUUCUGAGGUUGUUGCAGCUGGAUCUUCCAAGAAGAAAACGGGAAGUUCAGCUGCUGCUCACGAACAGGCGCAAUCCUCCUCUACUACCCGA